AUGAAAGGACCAGGAUACCUCGCUGUAGCCAUCCAGCCCGGUGACAAAACGAACGAAGAAGCCUUCCAUCACUGGUACAACACUGAACAUGGACCACUACGUCUGCGAUUACCGUUCAUAUUGACAGGAGACCGAUAUAAAGCUGCGGAUGAUAAACGACCUUGCUGGAGUGCCGUCUACGAUGUUUCUGAUCUCUCUUGGCUGGAUAAGCGGAUUUACAGUCGUCUACGGGAAGAACGAUCGCAGCAAGAAAAGAAUGUAAUGAGUACAUUCGAAUUUCUGGACCGGAAAAUUUACAGUACUGUAUCAUGUCGUGGCGAAUCCAAGGAUCCUGCGCCUGUACAGCUAGCUGUCUCGAUGCGAGUGAAGGAGAACGACGAAGAGGACUUCAACAAGUGGUACGAAGAAGAGCACAUUGACAUGCUCUCCAAAGUACCCGGAUGGCUGCGCAGUCGGCGCUUCAAGACGGAGGUCGGGGGACUGAUGGGUAUGCCGCCUGCGGGACAGGUCGAGUAUCUUGCCGUGCACGACUACGAGGCAAAGAAUGGGUUGGGAGGGCCCGAGCACGAAGCUGCUAGGACUACGGCGUGGCGAGACAGGGUCUUCAACUACGUCCAAUGGCAUGAUCGGCGGGAGUGGUCACAUCAUCUUACUUUCGACGCACUGGAAGAGCCGCCCUCAGCAGUUGCAACAACUGAUGGAGCAAAGCUCCGUUUCCAGAUGGAAGGCAAUCCUGCAGAUCCAGUGAUCGUAUGCGUCAACUCAAUACUCACAAAUCUCCAUAUCUGGGACGACGUGGCGAAGGCCUUGACAACGGGAGUCAACGGCAAGACUUACCGCGUCCUUCGCUACAACUCGCGUGGCUACUCUCAACAAGCCACACGAAGCAAUCCAACCCGUUUCGAUAUUCUAGCAGACGAUCUCGAGUACCUGCUCCAGCGCACGAAUGUCGAAAAAGUCCACGCAGUGAUAGGCGUAAGCAUGGGCGGCGUAACAGCGAUCAACUUCGCAAUCCGGCAUCCAGGGAUGCUAGAAAAGUUCAUCGCAUGCGAUUGUAACGUAGCCGCCAGCCCAGCCAACACAACAGCUUGGAAUGAUCGGAUCGAGCUUGCAAAGGACAAAGGCAUGAAUGCGCUGGCUGAUGUGACCGUGAAACGAUGGUUCACACCCGCCAACCACGAGUCAGCUAAUGCGAAGAAGACGAUGAAGAUGGCAGAGGAAGCUAGUCUUGAUGGGUUCGUGCAGAACACUGGUGCAUUGUGCAAUUAUGAUCUCAAAGAGCAUCUAAGCAGUAUCAAGAUCCCGGGACUCCUGAUAGCGGGUGAAAGUGAUGGCAAGUUGCCAGAGGCUAUGCAGAAGUUUGGGAUAUCAAAUACCACCUUCAAGCAAAUACCCAAUGCGGGUCAUCUGCCGAUGUUGGAGAAUCACGAUUCAUUCAUGGAGGCUGUAGCUGGAUUCUUGUAA